UUGGGAUGAAACUCAUUUUGGGAAGAUGGGAAGUUACUACAUUAAUCGGACCUUCUUCUUUGAUGUCCACCCCCCGUUGGGGAAGAUGCUGAUUGGACUUGCUGGCUACCUUAGUGGAUAUGAUGGUACAUUUCCUUUCCAAAAGCCAGGGGACAGAUAUGAGCAGCACAACUACGUGGGAAUGAGAGGGUUCUGUGCGUUCCUUGGCUCCUGCCUGGUUCCCUUUGCCUAUCUCACAGUGUUGGAACUGUCAAAGUCACUGCCAGCAGCCUUACUCACAGCUUUCAUCCUUAUUUUCGAUACGGGCUGUAUUACUUUGUCCCAAUAUAUUCUGCUGGACCCCAUUCUGAUGUUCUUCCUCAUGGGAGCUGUUCUGAGUAUGGUGAAAUGUAAUAGCUGUGCAGAUAGGCCAUUUUCUGCCUCCUGGUGGUUCUGGCUGAGUCUGACUGGUGUGAACCUUGCUGGAGCAAUAGGCGUAAAGUUUGUUGGCCUUUUUGUGGUCCUCUUGGUUGGCCUGAACACAAUCUAUGACCUAUGGGACUUGCUGGGGAACCUCAGCCUGUCACUGGUCAUGUUUGGGAAGCAUUUCCUGGCCCGUGUACUCUGCCUCAUCCUGCUCCCACUUGCCCUCUACACGGCUAUGUUUGCUGUUCAUUUUACAGUAUUAAAUAAAAGUGGUCCUGGGGAUGGUUUCUUCAGUUCAGCAUUUCAGUCCCAGCUGAUCGGGAACAAUCUUCAUAAUGUGUCUGUUCCAGAGCACUUGGCAUACGGGUCUGUGGUCACAAUGAAGAACCUUCGGAUGGCAGGGGGAUACCUUCACUCCCACUGGCACCUCUACCCGGAGGGCAUUGGAGCUCGCCAGCAGCAGGUCACUGCCUACUUACAUAAAGAUUUGAAUAACCUGUGGAUUAUAAAGAAACAUGAUUCAGAUACAGAUCUGUCAGACCCCUCAAGCCCUGUGGAGUUUGUGAGGCACGGAGAUAUUGUUCGUCUGGAACAUAAAGAAACUUCUAGAAAUCUUCACAGUCACCAGCACGAGGCUCCCCUGACAAGGAAGCAUUUUCAGGUCACUGGCUAUGGAAUAAAUGGAACAGGAGACUCCAAUGAUUUCUGGCGGAUUGAAGUUGUGGGCAGAAAGGCUGGGAAGCUCAUCAAAGUCCUACGGAGUCAGGUCCGGCUAACCCAUGUGGCCACAGGGUGUAUAUUGGGCUCUUCUGGAAAGACUCUGCCAAAAUGGGGUUGGGAACAAGUGGAAGUCACCUGCACACCAUACCUGAAGGAGACUCCCAAUUCCCUCUGGAACUUUGAAGAUCAUACUAACCCUAAGUUGCCCAAUAUCAGCCUGGAUGUUUUGAAGCCCUCUUUUGCAGAAAUUCUGCUAGAAUCCCACAUGGUUAUGAUCCGGGGAGACAGUGGCCUCAAACCAAAGGACAAUGAAGUUACAUCCAAACCUUGGCACUGGCCAAUCAACUACCAGGGCCUGCGUUUUUCUGGUGUCAAUGAGACUGAUUAUCGAGUUUAUUUGCUGGGAAACCCGGUGAUUUGGUGGCUAAAUCUGGUCACUAUUGGGUUAUAUCUUCUGAUGGCAGUUUCCACUGCAGUGAUCCUGAAGAGAGGUGUCCAACUGCCAUCUGAACUCAAAGAACUGUCCAGAGUCGUGCUAUGUGGUGGAGGGCAGAUCACACUGGGCUGGCUCCUUCAUUACCUGCCUUUUUUUAUGAUGGGCCGAGUUCUCUACUUCCACCACUACUUUCCUGCCAUGCUUUUUUCCAGCAUGUUGACAGGAAUCACCUGGGACACACUACUGAAGUUCUGUGCUGGGUUCUGGUCAGCGAGCACUACAGCUAGAAAAGUAUAUGGAGGGGGGUUCCUGGCACUGGUUCUACUCAUCAUGUACAG